GUUUUGUACCCUGUGAGUGCUGAGGAGUCACAAGGUUGUGCCAGAGCUUUGACUGGCAGUAAGCUGUGUUUGGAAAAGUUAUGGUGUUUAAAUUGUUGCUUUUGGUUGCCUUUGGGCUGCUUAGUAAAGUGCAUGGCAAUGAACAUUCGCUGCUAAAUGAAGAAGCAGUUGGUAAGGCUUUUGCUGCCUUUGUCAAAGGUAGUGUGGGUAGCAGUAGUCGACUCAAGGCUAGCUUAGGCCGCCUGAUAUCUGCUUCAAAUACAACGAAUGGAGCUUCACCUUGCAUCCAGAAACUUUUGUCAUAUGUCACUUCACCAACUGGAUUUCCAAUACUGCUAGGAUAUCUUGAUUCAAUGGGGAAGCCUGGCAGUGGAAUAUUUCAAGGGAAUCUCUUUUGGCCAGGAUCUUUCUCAGAAUGUGAACAGAUUCCCGAGUCCAAGUAUUGUCUUGCAGGCUUUCAGUUGGGAUUGUAUUUUUAUGGAAAAAAGAGUUUUGAUCAACAUGGUACAAUGGGCACCUGUGUACCAGAAAUCUGUUCACCACAAGAGAUCCGUCAGAUACUGUCAUACAUCCCUUUGAACAUCAGUUACCAAGGAAUAGUCGAGGCCAAGUUUACAUUUCCAGAUAAGAAGGCCCUGCCCCCUUACGAUGGCCCAGCACUUUGUGAAGACAGGCAUCAGAAAUUCUCAACUGGCACUGUUGUAACUUUGACCCUUUGUGGUAUCUUGGCAGGACUAUGUUUGUUUGGAACCAUCUUUGAGCUCGUCCUUAACUUUCUAGAGUCGUUUUGCUCUCCUUCAAAAGAGCUUGUUAACUUGCCUGUUUACCACAACAAGGCCGCCAGUGACAUCGAAGCAAAAGGUACCGAACAUGGUCACGAAAGUGAUGAUGAUGAACUCAACUCUCAAUCGCAUACUGACUCCUCAGAAAAGACCUAUCUCGUUGAAAAGCGAAUCCUUGAGAAAUUGAAAAAUCAUCUCUCGUGGUAUAUGUGCUUCUCGAUAAUCAAAAAUACGAAAGCGAUUUUGAAUACUGACACCCCAAGUGGAGCUAUUCUUUCAAUAAAUGGGAUACGAACAAUCAGCAUGACAUGGGUAAUUCUGGGACAUAUUUACUCUGUUGGUGUUAUGGCUGGGGGUCUUGUCAAUUUCACCGAACUGGUCAAAGUUCUGAACAGAUUUAGCUUUCUGUCAAUCGCAAAUGCUUUCUUUUCGGUCGACAGUUUCUUUUUGUUGAGUGGCUUGCUUGUAUCUUACUUGGGAAUGCGGAGGUUGGAUGCGAAAGGCAAGUUACCAAUAUGGAAGUUCUAUUUGCAUCGUUACAUCAGGCUAACACCAACCUACGGAUUUGUUAUUCUCAUCUUUGUUUUCGUCUAUCCAUGGAUGGGAAAAGGCCCGUUGUGGUCAACAGUUUCGGCAAAACACAUUGCUGACCCUUGCAAGGACAAGUGGUGGACCAACCUUCUUUACAUUAACAACUUUUACCCAAAUAAAUUGGGGGAAGAGUGUCUCGGAUGGGGAUGGUAUCUGGCCAACGACAUGCAGUUCUUCCUCAUCAGCCCGUUUAUUCUUUACAUGUCAUACUGGUUUAAAUGGAUUGGAUCUCUUGCUUCAAAUGGAGCUCUUAUACUCAUUAGUAUAAUUGUCACGGGUGCUCUCAUUGGUCAUUACAAACUCCAGUCUCUCCAGGUGGUCGCCAAUCUGGCCAGGCCACAACCUGCUGCCUCCUUUGAAGAUCUUGUUUACAUAAAACCAUACUGCAGAAUAAUACCAUACCUUGCAGGAAUGCUGCUCGGAUAUUUGCUGUUCAGGAAAGUUCAAAUUAAAGGGCAAUUGAAGCCAUUGUUUGCUGUCAUUGGCUGGGCAGUCGCCAUUGGCUGUGGUAUGGCUGUUGUAUAUGGAACAUGGGACACCACAAAGAAAGGUGGAAAACCCUUCACAGAAGCAGAGAACAUUUUAUAUGGCUCACUUUCCAGGCUUACUUGGUCAGUUGCUCUUUCGUGGGUGAUUUUUGCUUGCCAUACGGGCGUUGGAGGCCUAGUAAACAGCAUUCUGUCAUGGCGUGCAUUCAUCCCCCUCAGUCGCUUGACUUUCGGAGCUUACCUUCUACAUCCAUUGGUCAUGAUUAUUUUCUAUCAAACCAAGCAGUCGCCAAGAGCUUACACAGAUAUGGAUAUGGCUUUUCAGUUUGUGGCAAUCACAGCAUUUUCAUAUGCAUCAGCUUUUAUCCUGGCACUUGGUGUUGAGUACCCAACGCUCAAUUUGGAAAAGAAAAUCUUUGGCCAAUAGACAGCCAUACAUGCUUCAGGCCAGCUUGCUGUUCGCGCUAGAGUACCGACUUUAAAAUUGAUUCAAUCACCCAGUAUACCAUAACGAUUGGUUUUAAUUAGAUUUUUACCCAGUCGAUCUGCAGUAUGAUUUAACAGGUAUCUAAAACAAAUCUUUUUUUCUUAAUUCCUUUCUGUCUUUUAUGAAUUUUUAUAUUUACUUUGGUUAGAUGUUUUUAUCUUUUAAUGCAGACAAUGGUUGACUUUAUAACCAUCCCCAACUCCCCGCACCCUCCCCCGUAGUUCCCCCAAAGUGCAUCAUUAUCCUGACUAUUACAAAGUUUAAUUUUAAGAGAGUUCACGGGGCUCAUCACAAACAUGAAUCGUGAAAGAAAUUAAAUAUAAAAACCCCUAAUUCGAUGGUGUGUUCUUACGUCUUGUUAGUUCGAUGUAUUUGGUAGCCGCUUUUUUUGAAUUUCUUUACGAUGCACACGUCGUACUGGUUUUAUAGUUUUUUUCUUAUUUUCUGUACUGUUUUUUUAUAAAAUAAUAUAUUGUUCUGUACAUGAUUGCUAAAGUAUGAUUUAAGUAUUAAUUGUAAAUAGAACGUCGCUGGCAUGUACGAUAACUGAUUUAAUAUGUUGUUACAUAUAAACUGUAUAUGACAGCUCACUCAUUUGAUUCUAUACGAAAUACAUCUAGAAUAGACAUCUAGAAACUUUA